AUGGAAGAAUUAGAAGACAGUGUCCAGAGCCGAUUUGGCCGAGUGUUUCUUGUAGGCGAAGGAAAUAAGCCACUUCCUUAUACUUCAAACGUGGAUGCUAAUCAUCAUUACGAAAUGGCAGCAGUGAUAAAGAACGCAAUUCAGGAAGGCAAGGAGAAUAUGAAAGGAAGAUCUUUUGUAGCUUUGAAAUCGAGAGUCAAGAAUAUAAAGAGCAAGAAGAAAGGCCGGCCGCUGAGAUGA